CCCCCCUCAGGCUUGCCCCUGCCAACACCAACCUCGUGGGGGCGGCGGUGAUAAUCCAUCUGCGGUUACUGCCUCUCUUAUCGUCUCGCCGGCGCCCGGUUCUUGGGCACCUCACUGGUGGUUCCCUCGGGAGACGGGAUUCAAGAUGGGGACUUAUCUGAAGAAUUAUUCAGAUGAUGAAUUUUCAGUGGCUGGUGAGAAACCAGAAGUAGAAUUCAUGGAUUACCAAAAUGAUGACACUCUUCAAGAUUAUGCAUCUGAAGAUGGUCCUGUGAUUGUUACAGUUCCUUUCCCUUUUGAGGAUGGCAAACCAAAAUCUGUCCUUGUUGGAGAAACAUCGACUGACACCAUCAGCAUUGAGAAUACCUCUUCUGAAUCUGUAACUUUGUGGAGUGUAAGAAUAUUCUCUUCAAAUCCGGAAAACAGCUAUGUGUUAUCAAUGAUGAGACCACCACUAAAUGAUGCUAACGAGGAGGCAAAGCAGGAUUUUCUUGGUUUGACCUCAGUGGAAGACCGUUCACUUUUGCCUGGACAUACCCUUACAAUUUGGCUUUCUUGUAUGCCAAAAGAUAUUGGUUUGCACACAUCAAUCGUGCAUGUUGAUAUUGGUGAUGAGAAGAUUGAGCGUGUGGCUUUUCUAUUGGCAGAUGACAAUAUCUCUAAGGCCUUAUUGUCAGAAGAACCUUAUUCCAGGAGACGCGGUCAAAAUAAGAAAUUUGAGCCUGCUCCAAUUGUGCCAGGUUGCCGUCCAACUCGGCAACACGCUCAAGGAUUCAAAUAUAAGCUUCCCCAGUUUGCAAUACCUGCACAUAUCCGAGAGCUCAUUGAAAGUAAACAGAGACCUGAUGUCCUAUCCGAAGAGUUGAGCAUGAUAAACUAUGCACAAUUUUUCAGCACUCUUUUAGUCAUGGAAGAACUUAAUUUAGAGGAGGAGAUGAGAGCAUAUGACAUGGAGGGUGUCUCAAUGAGAAGGAGGGGUAGGAACUUUUUGUCUCUUGAGGUCCCUGGUUUGGCAGAACGAAGGCCAUCAUUAGUCCAAGGAGAUUUCAUAGUUGCUAGAUAUGCUAGGAAUGAUUCUCGGCCUUACCAAGGUUUCAUUCACAAGGUUGAAGCUGAUGAGAUAUUUUUACAAUUUGACAACCAGUUCCACCUUAAUCACCAUGACAGGAACCAGUACCAUGUUAGCUUCACAUAUAACAGAGUGAACAUGAGAAGGCUAUACAAAUCGAUUCAUGAAGCAGAGUUUUUGGGACCUGACAUUUUAUUUCCUUGCCAAUCACCUUGUAGAGCUUUGAAAAGGUGGCCAUUUAAGCCUCUGAAUCCACAUAUAAAUACCGAGCAAGCUGAUGCUGUUGCAAUGAUACUUGGCUGCAGAGGUGUUCCACCAUAUGUGAUAUAUGGACCUCCAGGAACUGGCAAGACCAUGACCAUUAUAGAGGCUAUUUUGCAGCUUUAUACAGCCAAGAAGAAGGCAAAUAUUCUCAUUUGUGCUGCUUCCAAUACUGCAGCUGACCAUGUACUGGAAAAACUCCUCCUUGCUAGCUAUCUGAUCCGCCCAAGUGACAUCUUUAGGCUAAAUGCUCAGAGCCGUCAAUAUGAGGAUGUCAAUUCGGAUUUUAUCCGGUUUUGCUUCUUUGAAGAUCGGGUAUUCAAGUGCCCUCCAUUGCAAGCAUUGCUGCAGUACAAGAUAGUUAUAUCGACCUACAUGAGCUCAUCUCUGCUGCUGGCUGAGGGUAUUCGCCGAGGGCAUUUCACACACAUUUUCUUGGAUGAGGCUGGUCAAGCCUCUGAACCAGAGGCGAUGGUUCCUUUGUCAGGGUUGUGUGGAAGAAACACUGUAGUUGUGUUAGCAGGAGAUCCGAUGCAAUUAGGGCCGGUGGUUUAUUCUAAGCAAGCGGAGAAAGAUGGUCUGGGGAUAUCAUAUCUGCAAAGGCUGCUUUUUGACUUCGAGCCGUACGAAACAGGGAAUCCUAACUAUGUAACAAAACUGGUGAGGAAUUAUCGGUGCCAUCCUGCAAUCUUAGAGCUACCAUCAGAGCUUUUCUAUGGGGGUGAACUGAUCGCCUGUAAAGAAGAUGAGGCAUCACCUGCUUACGAUUGCAUUGGCCUUCCUAACAAGUCCUUCCCUGUUCUUUUUGUUGGAAUCCAAGGAUGUGAUGAGAGGGAAGGCACCAAUCCAUCAUGGUUCAAUAGAAUUGAAGUCAGUAAAGUAGUAAAUAUCAGAAACCUUACAAAGGGUGGUACUGUUAGUGAAGCUGAUAUAGGAGUAAUCACUCCAUACCGUCAGCAAGUUGCCAAGAUAAAGAAAGCCCUAGAGGCAUUUGAAAUGCCAGACUUGAAAGUUGGAAGUGUCGAACAAUUCCAGGGCCAAGAGAGGGAAGUAAUAAUCAUCUCUACAGUCAGGUCAACUGUAAAGCAUAACGAGUUUGACAAAUUCUUCAACCUGGGAUUCUUGAGCAACUAUAAAAGGUUCAACGUUGCAAUCACUCGUGCAAAAUCGUUGCUCGUCAUCGUUGGAAACCCACACAUCAUCACCAAGGAUCGGCACUGGGAUAGGCUCCUGCGAUACUGUGCAGAUAAUGGUUCUUACCAAGGAUGCCCACUUCCACCACCUGAGUCUUAUUCUUAUUCAGACGAAACCAAGUACGACGAAGACCAAGGUGGACCUGCUGGGUGGGACUACAACCAAGAAGCUACCAGUUACAACUGCAACCAAGAAGCUACCAGUUACAACUGCAACCAAGAACCAUCUGACUCUGGUUACAGAGGUGACAAUGAUGCUAAAUCUGCUGCUACCAACAACAGAACGAAAUGGUCCGAGGAGUUGCCCGAGGAUGAGAACCAGCCAUUCAACAACGCCGAAGCAGACCCUGAGGAGGAGAUGCCGAAGCAGCGCGUCGAGGAAGGGGCUGAGCAGGGAGACGUGCAGCCCAACGACCAGUGCUCGACCAAUGACGACCAGGUCCAUGAUGCUUACCCGGCGAAGUACACCUUCCCUCCUGGUUGGUGCGACAUUUCAGGCAUCCCAGCAUCAGGCUGGGACUAGACUGAUCAGACCUGCAAUCGCCCGUCCUAGGGGCCAUUGGCAGAAUAAAUGAGGCUGAUGACCCUGUCCCUGUGAAAGAACUAAACUUCCAGGAAGGAUAUCCCUUGCACCAAGCCUUCAGUGUUCAGUCGACUUACCACCGGACAAUUGUUGUAGUGAGUGAACUGCUUGCAUCUGUGCGUUUAGGCCGUCCACCUGAUGUUGGCGACAUGAGAGGACCUUCUGUCCUGUUCGACUUGUCUUGCUGCUUGCAAAUGGUGUCGUUAUUUU